AUGGAGAGCCUGACUGAGCUCUUCCGCACCGACGACCGGCCGACUUUCAUCAUAGACGCUCUCCCGCCACGGCGCGUGCGGUACAUGAAUCCGGCCUACGCCGACGGAUUUGACGAUCCGAGCAAGGCCCUGAGCCUGGCCGAAGACGACGCGGCGAGCGUCGGGGCGCGGUGGCGCGGCAUCCCGCUGGCCGGCGGGCUGGUGGCGAUCCACCAGGCGUGCAACGGCGCGUUCCGGCGGCUCGCCGGGCGGGCGGGCGUCGACCUCGAAGGCGGGCGGCGCAUCGGCGAGGCGGUGGUGACGGAGCACAGCGGGCUGCUGCAAAAGCAGUUUGCGCGGCUGCGCACAGGGCCGGCGUGCGGGCCGGUCGAGACGGCGGCGGGCGCCGUGUGCGUGGGGCUGGUGGAGCUGCCGGCGCGGCUGGCGGAGCAGGCGGAGCGGGCGGACAUGGUGAUGCACGAGCUGAAGAACACGAUCGGCUGCGUGCUGCACGCCGCCGACACGAUCCAAACGGCGGUCCUGAAGCUGGCCGACACGCGCGCCACGCACGUCCAGCAGCGGCGCAUCACGGCCGACGCGCUGACGCUGUCGCUGCUUGGCGCGCGCGUGCUGGAGCUGCGCCUGGGCGAGGCCCAACCCGACGCGCUGCUGGCCCAGCUGGCGCGCCUGUUCGCGCCCGAGACGCAGGCCGCCGACGUCGAGCUGCGCACGCGCGUGCAUGGCGACGCGCCCGACCGGCUGCUGCUCGACUCGGGCCGGCUGCUCCAGAUCCUCGUCAACCUCACCGCGAACGCCGUCAAGGCGACGCCGCGCGGCGGCCAGGUGACGGUGGCGCUGCAGUUUUCGGUUGAGGACACGGGCUGCGGCAUGGCGCCCGACGCGGUGGAGCGCCUGUUCCACCGCUUCGCGCAGCCCGGCAACGGCAUCGGCCUGGGCCUGCAUAUCGCGCGCCGCCUGGUCGAGCUCCACCACGGCCGGAUCUGCGUGUCGUCGGUGCCGGGCCACGGCAGCAGCUUCGACUUCUACGUGCGCGCCCUGCGCCCGCCCGCCGCCCGCCCGCCCGCCACCCGCUGGCUGCCGCCCGCGGGGCUGCUGCACUGCCUGAUCGUCGACGACAACCACAUCGUGCGCCGCGUGCUGGGCCAGCAGCUGCGCGAGCUCGGCGUGCGCGUGUCGCUGGCCGAGGACGGCCGCAAGGCGCUGGCCAUGCUGCGCAAGAUGGACGUGUCGGUCGUGCUGCUCGACCUGGACAUGCCCGUCAUGGACGGUCUGAUGUGCGUCAAGAACAUCCGCCAGAUGGAGCGCUGCAGCAAGCUGCCUGGCCGCGUGCCCGUCGUCGGCGUGACAGGCACCAGCGACCCCCGCGAGGCGCUGGAAGCAGGAAUGGAUUCCGUCGUCAACAAGCCGUUCCGGAUGGCCGAGGUGUGGCCGCACGUGAUGGCCGUGGCUGCGAAGGUCCAGAUGGGCAUCGGUCGUUUGUGCGAGUAG